UCAACCUCUAAUCCAUAUCUGUGGGUCUAGACAAAGUGCAAAUUAUAAUCGCAAACCAGUCGAAAAGUGGUCGAAAAGCUCCUUUUUUGUAUGGAGUUUUGAUGGAUUCGAUUUUCGAUUCGAUCAAAAAGUGCGUUUUGUCUAGGGGGGCUGUGCUCUAAUCCAUAUCUGUGACGUCAACCAACGAACGAACGAGUUGAUUGAUUCACAAUUUAUCAUUCGUUCAAAUUUCAUUUUGUCAUUCAUUCGGAAAAUAUUUGCGUUUUUGUUGGAUUACUGUGUUGUGAAUUUGUAAACAAAAAAUUAUCAAUUUAGAAAACCCACAAUGUCUUCACCGUUAGAAAAUCUGGAAACCCAGCUUGAAAUGUUUAUAGAGAAUGUGCGACAGAUUCGCAUUAUUGUAAGCGAUUUCCAACCUCAGGGCCAAAGUGUUUUGAAUCAAAAAAUUCAAUCGCUGGUAACAGGCUUGCAAGAAGUGGACAAGUUGAAGUCACAAGUUCAUGACAUUCAUGUUCCCACAGAAGUAUUUGACUACAUCGAUCAAGGUCGAAACCCUCAGCUAUACACAAAAGACUGCAUUGACAAAGCCCUCGCCAAAAAUGAGGAGGUCAAAGGGAAAAUAGACUCGUACAAACGAUUCAAGAGUCAUCUGCUACAAGAACUAUCGAAGACUUUCCCUAACGAGAUUGCCAAGUACAAGGCUGUUAGAGAAUAAAAUAAUAUUUAAUUAAGCUAAGACUGGAAUACAAAUCUUAUUAAUUUUAAUUUAUAACCUUUUUAAUAGUUAUUAAAGUUACAUAAUAUUAAAAUUA